AUGCCGGUGCAGAGGGCUAAUCCCUUUUGAUAUGUUAGCCGUACCAUCCCUCCUGCGCCGACAUUCUGCUCCGGUACGACCCCCGUACCCUCUGAUAGCGCCAGCGGUGGGUGUAUCGAAACGGUCUGCGUCAACGAUUUCUGCAUCCCCAACUGUCGCAUGCGACCCCAUGCUAGCCCGGGAUCAAUCCGCUGAAAAGGAUGGAAGCCUAAAACGAAGCGGCACCUCUGACCCUGAAAACGAUGACUGCAUUGAAAUUGGGGACGAAAUAGUGAACCUCAUCUGCCCAGUUGCUUUGAGGAGAAUCGUUGUUCCUGGGAAAGGUCGACAAUGCCGUCACGUGCAGUGCUUUGACUUGGAGACCUUCACCAAUAUGUCUCGACUCAGUCCGAAGUGGAAAUGUUCAGUGUGCGGCGACAUCAUAGAAAAAUCUGACUUGAUUGUGUCGGAGCCAUUCCUGCAUUAUCUGGCGGCAUAUCCCGGAGCUGAACGUUGCAUCAUUCGAUCCAAUGGAUCCCAUGGUCCGUACACGGAAACUAUGAGCCAGAUGCGAAAGAAGACAAAGGUUGGGUCGAAGAGCAGUCCCCAGCCGGAUAUUGAAGUUGUAGAUCUUUGCGACGAUGGAGAAGAGAGCACUCAAUCGACUCAGCCUACGGUGGUGUGCCAGCCGCCAACUCCCCGACCGAACAGCCCAUCGCCCGGAAUGGUCAUCGAAAAUGUUUCGCAACCAUUGCUGAAGUACGCUGAGCCCGCAAAGGUUGACCAAGAGCAGAUCCCAUUGCAUGUUCCUCUGGAAGCAUCGCAACAUUCCAUGAUUUGGUUGGAUCGUUGCGGCGAGAAUAAUCAAUCUCCCGGCGACAUUGCUUCGGCUGCCGAAGGUUAUCACUGCCAAACCGACUCUGCGCACGACUCUGCGCACGACGACAUUUCGCGAAUGUCUCCAGAGGAGCGCGCUGCACUCAUUCAGCGGAUCUUCGCCGAUGCCGCAGAGGCGGCCAAUCAACAAACGGGCAGCAGCAGCAAUAGCCCAGGCGACGAAGAACACGACCUAUCGAUGAGAAACGGUGAUACCGACUACAGCUCACAAACAAGAAGCCCACGAAGAUUUGGUGGCAUGGUCGCUAGCAUCUCGUCUCCUCGCGCAGACUCGCCAUCGCCAUAACCACAAUGAUUUCGACCCGUGGACACCACGACCCGCGGUUUUGAGGUCUUGAUCUGAGAUCCCUUGUGAUUCGUUUCUUUUUAGAAUUUUUGAUAUUUUUGGGCAGAAAAGGAGCUGAGAUAUUAUGCUACGGUACAUAGGAAGAAGGCCCUCAGCUACCCUCCCUCAGCCUAUGUGCUUUAUCUGUCAGCACACUCCUGGUAUAUCUUCCGUUUUUAAUUCCUGUACCAAAUUUCCCCAUCCCCG